AUGGCUCGAUCUAGAACAGACCUCAAGCAAGCCCAAGACCAGCGAUGCAUCAGCUGUGCCAAACCUCUACAAGAGAGAGAUGCAAAUGCCAACACUGCUACACCGAACAAGAACACCAAUGAUGACGCAUCAAAGAAGCCCUCGUCGGAUCCAAAGCCGCCCGGCCAAGGCAAACGCCUCGUCAAGAAAGACGAACCCACAACAGCCUCCUCCCUUGCAUCCAUCCGUCCAGAGGGCGAGGAGACGGAAUCCGUCCCCAUCUACGCCACGGCCAACGACGUCCGCCGCGACAUCAAGGCGCAUCUAUCCAAGACCAACAUGGCCAAGGCAACCUUCGUCCGCGAACUCUCACACUUCGUGUCCGUGUCGACGGACAAGGUGACGACUCGCCAUCUCGACUCUCUGCUCAAGAUGAAAGGACCCCGGGGAGGGGCGCAUAGUCCGGCGUUUUACGCGGCGUAUGUGUUUUUCGAGAAGAUGCGGGUGAGGGAUGGGAAGAAGAAAGGUGUGAAGAGGGAGAAGAUGGAGGAGGUGUGGGCGAAGAAGGGUGGGAUGCAGAGGGAGGGGAGUCAUAAUUUGUAUUUGACAAUGCUUAGCACCGAGAGGUCGUGUAUUGAUCAGUAUGGGUGUGUGCAAAUUUGGGAGACGGGUCCCGGCGGCAUGCAGCGGUUGAAAUGUAGCGAGGCGGAUUGA